GCUUUCAAGUCACGAAACCGCCUUCACUUACGAACAAUUUAUUUUUCAGUGAUUAUUGUUGUUGGAGGUCUGAAUCGUAAUAAUGCCGAAAGGAGAAGAUGCGAUCAUUCGAAAGAAGAACAAGUCACUCAGGAAGAAGUUGCGUAGCGAUUCAGCCAAGGUUUCCAAUCGCAUAGCCGCCAUUAUUGCGCAGAAAAAGCGUCGUCAAUCAGGCAAACGCAGAAUGUGUCAGGGUAUGUGUUUUAGCCUCCCGACUCUAGAGGAUCCAUUUAACGACAAAUACAUGAAUCUUGAUUCCAAGAAGACUAAGAAAGUCUGGCCAUCAAAGAAGGAUAAUAAUUUGACUGAAAACGGUAGCGAUGCUUCCCAAAAUAAGAGAAAGGCUAACAGUGAUCAUAAAUCAAAUGAAAAAAAUCAAAAAAAGAAGGCAAGGGUUGAGAACAAGUCAACACCAUCGGAUGAAAAAAGCACAAAGAAACUUAAUACGAACAUCUCAACGGACGUAGGUUGCCCAUCGAAAUUCUUAAUUUCAUGUUUGAAAACAGUACAAGAUACGAUGCGUGAUGACAAAGCGUUUGAACGGGGAAAACAUUUGUUCUUCGACUCAUGGGGCUUUGAGUAUUGGAGAUGCUAUACGAGCGGUAAGCAUGUACUGGAGACAAGUGGAUGUGCUACCAUGGAGCAAAUUGCUUGGAUAGGAUCAACUGCUGUCGAUUCCAUUACAAAAAAGGAAAAUGACGGUGAAUCGUUCACCGGCCCGUACCUUUUGUUCAUUGUACCGUCACAAGAGAAAGCAGCAGAGGUACGUGCUGUGUGCAAGCCUUUGAAGGCGUUUGGAAUACAUACAGUUAGUCUACAUCCAGGUGCUUCCAUAGAUCAUCAAAUUCAAGGAUUAAAAACUUGUGAGCCAGAGUUUCUUAUAUGCACACCGGAUAGACUUGUGGAGCUUGUUUCCAUGGAUGCUGUUGAUAUUUCUGGUGUUCGCUCACUGAUUAUUGAUGGUCUGGAAUGUUCUUCUGGAGAUGCUUACAUUGACAGCAUAAAAUCCAUUCAGCAGCAUAUUUCUGUUGACCCGCACACUGUGGUUUUCUGCAGUGGGUUGACCGAUGCCUAUUUACCUGCUGUGUCGAGUCUUUUGCCAACCCCAAUGUGCAGAUUGUCGCGAGACAGAAUUAAUGUCAACAAGAGUGCAACAUAGGAAAAUUACUAAAGGUGGGUGACAAUAACAUAUUAUCAAUUUGAUUAGAAUAGUUGAUUUUCGUACUUCAUUCAUGCAAGAGUAUGUAAGUCAUAAAUUAAAGAAUAUGAGCGGCUUUAUUCAUUAGUUAAGAGAAACGGGCCUGGUUGGGUUGACCCGUGAAGGCGUGAACAUCUGCCUUUUUUUAAACAUAAUAAUUACAAAGACAUACAUGACUUUUAACCUGUUUGAAACAAUAUACAAGCCAAAUUUAUUCAUUUGUAAAUAAUUUGGUCAAAUUUGACACGUAUACUAUGAGUUUCAAAUCUGUAUUA